AUAUAUUUCACAUAUUGUUUUCGAAGGUGACGUGUGCUGUGUACGGUCUCAGAUAGAAUUUUGCCCAUAAUUUAAGUUUUUAUGUGCUGUCACAGCACAGCGUGUAAAUAAUCAUGUUAAAACACGGAAGUAUACUCCUCAUCUUUCUGUGCAUGCUCGAAUAUGGCACAGGCCUUUAUUUUCACAUUGCUGAAACCGAGAGAAAGUGUUUCAUCGAGGAGAUUCCAGACGAGACGACAGUUUUGGUGAAUUAUAAGGUUGAGAUCUAUGACCCGAGAACCGGCGGAUUCAUGCCCAGCAGUCCAGGUAUGGGAAUGCACGUGGAAGUUCGCGAUCCAGACGACAAGAUGAUUCUUUCCAGAGUCUACAGUUCAGAGGGACGAUUUUCUUUCACCUCUCACACACCUGGCGAACAUGUUAUCUGCUUGUAUUCCAACAGCAGUUCUUGGUUCAGUGGCACUCAAUUGAGAGUACAUCUGGAUAUUCAAGUGGGUGAACACGCAAUUGAUUAUGCCAAUAUAGCCCAGAAGGAAACGUUGUCAGAGUUACAAUUGAGAAUACGUCAACUUCUUGAUCAAUUAGAACAGAUAACCAAGGAACAAAACUACCAAAGGUAUCGAGAAGAACGGUUUAGGCAAACAUCUGAGAGUACGCACCGGCGUGUAUUCUGGUGGUCCCUUACACAAUCUGUGGUCUUGUUAAUCAUGGGUGCAUGGCAAAUAAGACACUUGAAGAGUUUCUUCGAAGCAAAGAAAUUAGUAUAAGAUCAAAAUCAAUUAUGUUUAGGGUAUUAGUCAUCUUAAAGUUUCCUUUGUCAACAUAUGAGACUCUUAUAAUUUAUUUUAAAAAGGUGUAAGCAUUAAAUGGUUCUAUUUUCAUGAACUUUUGUCAUUUCUGCGUACGAUACUUUGGGCGUGUCCAAGCAUGCUCAUUGAUCAAUGUAUUCAUACAAAACGAUCAAUUUUUCAGUAUAAUAGAUUCAGUGUAUGGUGUAAUUUUUCAUAGGAAUAAAAUUGCUGUAAUUUUUACGAAA